AUGCGUGCCCGUAGUGCAGUCAGGGAUCACUUCCUCGCUCGCUCUCCCACUGAGCUCACCAUUGCCCUCCUCGAGAAGGAAUUGCUUGCAGCUGAGGCGAGCAUCGUCGCUGUAGGCACCUCUCGUGGCGACCCCCGCACCCCGUUCUUUGAGGGGUGUUCCCCUUCCCCUCUCCUCCCCUCUGUCGCCUCUACUGCUGCUGUCGACCUCCUUGGUGCUGAGAAGGUCGGGGCUGCGUCUGCUCCGAGCGGGCGCCGCAGGGGCAAAGGGGGCAAGGGUGGAGGUGGCGGCGGGGGAGGCGGGAGUGGUGGCGGUGGGGGUGGCGGUGGGACUGGAGAGGCUAGUGGCGGCAGUGGGGGUGGUGACAGCAGCGGCGGGAGCGGUGGCAGGGGCGGAGGCGGCAGCGGAGGCGGAGGUGGUCGUGGCGGCGGCAGGGGUGGAGGUGGCCGGGGCGGUGGCGGCGGCGGUGGUGGUCGUGGAGGCGCUGGCGGUGGACAGAGUCAGCAGCCCGCCCCGUCGCUUCAGGCCGCCCGUGAGUGGUAUGCGCAGCGUGGCUUUACCUGCACGUACGUCAUUCGCACUGGUGACCGCACUGGCCAGCAGUGUGGGAGGCCGCAUCCCACACAGCGUUGUUUUGCGUGCCUUACUGACGCGUGGCGGGCCCAGUUUCCUGAUGCCACUGACCUGCCCCACUGGGCUGAUCUGGAGAAGAAGGGAGUUGAUAUCUGGGCUUUAGACUUUGAUGCUAUUCUCACUGCCAUGUAUGCGAUGUUUACUAGUGGAGAGGGUGCUCAGUACUUGCGUGUUCCGCCUGACCCGGGCAUUCUGACCAGUCCGGCCGCCGCUCUAGGUGCUAGUGAGUCUGCUGCCCCAGGUCCUGGUGAGGCUGCUGCUCUAGGUGCUAGUGAGUCCGUCCCCCCUGGUACUGAGUCGACUGCAGCACUGCACACCUUCACCCUGGACUCAGGUGCUUCUCGCUGUUUCUUUCGUGACCGCACUGUCCUUGAGCCGCUUGCUCGGCCAGUUGCUGUCUCCCUCGCUGACCCCUCUGGGGGUCCGGUCGUUGCGACCUCCUCCACUGUCCUUCCUUGUCCUGCGGUCCCGUCGGGCACACUGUCAGGCCUCUACCUCCCCUCGUUCUCUACGAACUUGGUGGCAGGUAGUGCGCUCCAGGACGGGGGUGUUCACCAGUUCACCCCUGCUUACGAGCGCGUGACCCACUGCACGUGUGCUCGGACGGGCCGUCACCUGGCUACCUUCACUCGGCAGCCGGGGUCGGACCUGUACACACUGACCACUGAGUCCCCUCAGGUAGCUGCGUCCGCGUCUGCGUCUGCGUCAGGUCAGCUGUCCGCCCCCUGCUCGUGUCGCUCUCUGGCGCAUGAGACUGUCCUCUGGCACCACCGCCUUGGUCACCCGUCUGUGCAGCGCCUUCGGGCCAUGCACAAACGGGACCUUGUUGCUGGUCUUCCCAGGGUUCUCCCUCCCCUGCCACCCUCGCCUGCUCCUCCCUGUCUUCCCUGUGUCGAGGGGCGGCAGCGCGCCGCUCCUCACUCCUCCUCCUUCCCCCCGACGACUGCUCCUUUGCAGACGCUCCACAUGGACGUGUGGGGCCCAGCCCGCGUCCGUGGUCAGGGUCAGGAGAGGUACUUCCUGAUUGUUGUUGAUGACUUCUCGCGCUACACCACGGUCUUCCCCUUGCGCGCCAAGGGUGACGUCCCUGAUGUCCUGAUCCCUUGGAUCCGCAGAUCUCGUCUCCAGCUCAGUGAGCGUUUCCGCUCCGACUUCCCUGUCCUGCGUCUGCACUCUGACAGAGGUGGGGAGUUUUCCUCUGGCCUCUUGGAGGCCUUCUGUCAGCAGGAGGGCAUUGAGCAGUCGUUCACGCUUCCGGCCUCUCCACAGCAGAAUGGGGUUGCUGAGCGCCGCAUUGGCUUGGUCAUGGAGGUCGCUCGUACCUCCUUGGUUCAUGCGGCUGCCCCCCACUUUCUGUGGCCGUUUGCGGUCCGAUACGCUGCGCAUCAGCUCAACCUCUGGCCCCGUGUCUCCUUACCGGAGACUUCUCCGACACUGCGUUGGACGGGAGAGGCUGGCGAUGCGUCGUGUUUUCGGGUCUGGGGAUCUCGAGCUUUUGUUCGCGAUACGUCCGCGGACAAGCUCUCCCGUCGCGCUGUCCCCUGUGUCUUCCUUGGCUUUGUCCCGGACGCGCCUGGUUGGCAGUUCUACCACGCCACCUCGCGUCGUGUCCUGGCCUCUCAGGACGUCACUUUUGACGAGUCCGUCCCCUACUACCGCCUCUUCCCCUACCGCACUGCCCCGCUCCCCCCCCCGCCUCUCUUCCUCGCUCCAGGUGCUGAGGUACCAGACCCCCUCCCCCCUCAGGGUGCCGCUCCCUCAGGUGUGUCCCAGGUAGACCCGGUUGAGCCUGUCGAGGUAGCUGUUGACUCUCGUCCUGCUGGGGGUGCUGAGCCUGACCGUGAGGAGUCUGAGGGUGCUGAGCCUGGGGGUGCGGAGCCUGGGGGUGCGGAGCCUGGGGGUGCGGAGCCUGGAGGUGCUGAGCCUGGGGGUGCGGAGUCUGGAGGUGCUGAGCCUGGAGGUGCUGCGUCUGGGGGUGCUGCGUCUGGGGGUGCUGAGCCUGGGGGUGCUGAGCCUGACCGUGCUGAGUCUGGGGGUGCUGAGCCUGGGGGUGCGGAGCCUGGAGGUGCGGAGUCUGGAGGUGCUGAGCCUGGGGGUGCUGCGUCUAGGGGUGCUGAGUCUGGGGGUGCUGAGCCUGAGCGUGCUACACCUGGAGGAGCCCUCUCCUCCCAGCAGCUGCAGGAGAGUCUUCGGAGUGGUGCUCCUGGUGCUGCAGACCCUGGGGGUGGCGCUGCUGCUGGUACUGAGGACCCGGGCGUUGGAGCUGCUGCUGGUGCUGAGGACCUGGGCGGUGGCGCUGCUGCUGGUGCUGCGGACCCGGGCGGUGGCGCUGCUGCUGGUGCUGAGGACCCGGGCGGUGGAGCUGCUGCUGGUGCUGAGGACCCGGGCGGUGGAGCUGCUGCUGGUGCUGAGGACCCGGGUGGUGGAGCUGCUGCUGGUGCUGAGGACCCGGACGUUGGAGCUACUGCGGAGCGUCGUGAGCCUGAGUCUCGUCCUGUUCGUACUGCUCGCACUGGUCGUCGUGUCCCACGUGAGCGUCCUCCUCCUGUCCCUGGCACUCACUACAUGACUCUGCGUCCCUCCACUGCUCCUCAGCGUGUCCCGCUACCGUCUCCUCCCGCUUCCUCUCUUCCUACUCUUCCUGACCCGGAGUCUGACUCCCGUCGUGCUGCCAGUCCCACUGUCACGCGCCUCCUCGCUACUGUUGUCACUGACCCUACCUUUGAGUCCUCUGCUGCGUCUGCGCUGGUCGCUGAGCUGGUUGACUUUGCUGCCCGGUGUCGUCUAGACUACGCUGCUAGCCUUGUCGCUGAGUCUGAGUCUGAGUCUGUCUGUCCUCCGUCCGUCGGGGGUGAGUGUGCUCUUGGCACGGACGUCCUUGAGGACAGACAGGAGGAGUUCCAGUGCCUUGCUGCUGUUUUGCCCCGUCUCGUGUCCUUACUAGUUGCCCCUGAGGGAGACCCGGAUGCUCCUGACAUCCCGACCCCGCGCUCUUACGCUGAGGCGAUGGCGGGUCCCUACUCCUCUCAGUGGCAGACAGCCAUGGACGCAGAGAUGGCUUCCUGGAAGUCCACACGCACCUACGUCAACGAGGUUCCCCCUCCUGGGGCGAACAUCGUCAGUGGCAUGUGGAUUUUCAGGAUGACCACUCUUCGGGUGCUGCUGCACAUAGCCGCUCAGCGCGACUACGAGCUUCACUCACUUGACUUCAGCACUGCCUUCUUACAGGGCAGCCUACACGAGGAGAUCUGGCUGCGUCGCCCUCCUGGUUUCACUGGGUCGGUUCCUCCUGGUUCCACUCCAGUGGAGGCUCCAGCGGCCGACACCUCGCUGCCGCCGUUCUACAUUCUCGUGUACGUCGACGACUUGGUCUUUGCCACCGCUGACACCGCGGCACUCGCCCACGUGAAGUCGGAGCUGCAGAGGAGACACACGUGCACAGACCUGGGGGAACUGACGAGCUAUCUUGGCUUGCGGAUCACCCGGGACAGAGCACGGCGCACCAUCACCUUGACUCAGUCACACAUGGUGCAGCAGAUCCUUCAGCGCUUCCGCUUCACGUACUCCUCGCCUCAGUCCACUCCUCUGCCUACCGGUCACUCGCUCUCAGCUCUGCCUUCGGAUGAGUCCGUAGAGCCGAGUGGCCCGUAUCCAGAGCUUGUGGGCUGUCUCAUGUACCUGAUGACCUGCACUCGACCUGACCUGGCAUACCCUCUUAGCAUCCUUGCACGCUAUGUCGCUCCUGGCCGUCACAGGAAGGAGCACAUGGAUGCCGCUAAGAGGGUGUUGCGCUACUUGUGCAGUACGUCGGGCAUGGGGCUAGUGCUUGGAGGGCGAGACCGAGUUGUACUCACAGGACACUCAGACGCCUCUUGGGCUGACGACCAGGCUACUCAGCGGUCGUCUCAGGGUUACACCUUCAGCCUUGGCUCUGGCUCAGUUUCUUGGCGUUCUACACGCUCUUCUUCUGUUCUCAGCUCCAGUUGUGAGGCUGAGAUCUACGCCACAGCCAUGGCUGCCCAGGAGCUACGCUGGCUGACCUACCUGCUGACCGACUUGGGAGAGCGGCCUCGUUCUCCUCCAGUGCUGUACGUCGACAACCAGGCUGCCAUUGCCUUGUGUGAGGAGCACAGACUGGAGCACAGAACGAAGCAUAUCGCCCUGCGGUACUUCCUUGCUCGAGAGCUGCAGCAGCGUGGUCAGCUUCGUCUGCGUUACAUGGCCACUGAGGCCAACCUUGCUGAUGUGUUCACCAAGGCGCUUCAGCCUUGUGACCAUCAGCGUUUCUGUACUCUUCUAGGCCUUGUGCCUGCUGGACCUCACUUGCUUACUUCUUGA